AUGUAUUACAGCAGCAACACACAACCAUAAAAUAAAUGGGAGGGCUAGGGACGAUUGGGUGGUGAUAACGGGAGCAUAAAAGCUGGUGUCUGAGGAUAUUAUUUAUUCUGACGGGAAAAAGAAGAGCAUCAUCACUGGUCAGCAUCUCGGCCAAGAAGCCUCCAAACCAAAGAGCAUCUUUCGGGAAACCAGGACCCUGUUUUUGUGACGCUGAAAUUUCACUCUUCCACAAUGAAGCAGAGUCUGAGUCUGGUGAUUCUUGUCCUUCUGGGCCUAGUAGCCCUGUGUGUAGCACAAGACCCCACGACUACAGCGACCAAACCGUCUGAGACACCUCAAGCGACAACUCCAUCAGCGAACACAAAUUCAUCAGAGAAGCCCACACAGACAGAAGCAACGCCUCCCUCAGCGAACACAAAUCCAUCAGAGAAGCCCACACAGACAGAAGCAACGCCUCCCUCAGCGAACACCAGUCAGACAGAACCCACCCCUACCACCAAUGUAACCGGCACGCAAAAGCCCCCAGUCGACCCCACUGUGAGUGCUGAUGAUCCAGGGCUGUCAGAUGGUGCGAUCGCUGGCAUUGCCAUUGGCUCUAUUGCCGGGGUGGCUGGUGUUGGUGGUGGUGUCUUUGUUAUGCUGAAGAAAUUUGGGAAGAUAUAAAUGGCAGUGGAUUGUAAGCACAAACAUUUAUCCAAAGUACUGACUCUGUUAACUGGACAACGAAGAAAUCCUAACAUACUGUCUGAGAGGCUCAUAUCAGAAUAAAACAAUAUGUAUGAUAUGAUAAUGAUGUUAUGGGCCAAGAGGAAGACGUAAAAGUAAUUGUUUGUCUGGCUGUGGGUAAAUAAAUAAUCACUCUCUUAUGAUACAAGAUUUUUUUUUUUUUUUUUUUAAAUUUUCAUCUUUUAGUACUUUUAUUUUGAAAUAGACAGAAACACUUUGUAAAAUGGAUUGAAUGUAUUUGCCAGAAGUGUUUGGUUUUGAAAAAUAAUCCUUCACAUCCGAUAUUUUUGGUCUUUUGGUUUUUAUUAUAGAGGACAGAUUCAGUUAACAAUGACAAUUUUGUAAUAAAUUGCUUUCAUUUACUUUAUUUUUUAUGAUGGAAGGCUAUGGGUGUGUGUGUGUGUGUGUGUGUGUGUGUGUGUGUGUGUGUGUGUGUGUGUGUGUGUGUGUGUGCGCGCGCGCAUGUGUGCAAGAAAAAAUGUCUUUGAUUUGAAUGAUUUUAGUUGAUUGUAAAUUACAUUAUAUUUUCAUGUUUAACUUAACUGUGUAUUCACUGAGUGGAAAGGAGUUUGAAAUCACUCUGUACAUUCAAUAAAUAACUGUUCCUCUCCUUUUCUCGUAA